AUGCCCGGGAGUCCAUGUGGGCGCCAGCGCGGCACGGAGCAGCGCCGUGUCACCAAGGCGGAGCUGCAGCAGCUCCGGGUGCGGGAGGCGGUGGACUCUAUGGUGAAGAGUCUGGAGAGAGAGAAUAUCCGGAAGAUGCAGGGUCUCAUGUUCCGGUGCAGCGCCGGCUGUUGUGAGGACAGCCAGGCGUCCAUGCAGCAAGUGCACCAGUGCAUUGAGCGCUGCCAUGCCCCUCUGGCUCAAGCCCAGGCCCUGGUGACCAGCGAGUUGGAGAAGUUCCAGGACCGCCUGGCCCGGUGCACUAUGCAUUGCAACGACAAAGCCAAAGAUUCAAUUGAUGCGGGGAGUAAAGAGCUUCAGGUGAAGCGGCAGCUGGAGAGUUGCGUGACCACGUGUGUAGAUGACCACAUGAACCUCAUCCCAACCAUGACCAAGAAGAUGAAGGAGUCUCUUUCAUCCAUUGGGAAAUAGAUGUCUGCUAUUGGCCAUCGGGGCUGAAGGCAGGAGUCUAUUUAAAAAGAGAAAUGGGGAUUUGGGUUUUCUAAGGAAAGUUUAUGAAUGAGGAAAUUAAGGAUGGCAGCAAGUUUAAGCCCUAUAUCACUUGCCUCUGGACACUGGUUCCUUUGUGUUUGAAUCCUAGAAAGUGAAAAAAACUGGUGCUAAACUUUGGGUCAGAGAUAGCACAGGAGAGUUUUUAUGAGCCUGAAUUUCACGUGGCAAGAGCUUCUCCUGGCAACAGGGAGCCUCCCUUGUACCAAACCAGAGCCCUCCAAGGUACCAGAUUCUCUUAGUACACAGAUACCAACAGGCUGGCAGGUUCAUCUGACCUGCUUAUGAGCUGGUGGAGUGUGAGGAGAGGUGUUUCUGUUUGUUGCCAACCUCCUGUUUACCAGAGGGAUCACUACCAUGUUUCCCACAAACUGGAAAUAAAACAAAAUCCAUGAGGUCACUAAUUUAGAAGGGGAAAGGGGGCCUCUGGGGAUUUGUUUUGCGUGGUUCUGUUUUACAUACAAGGACAU